AUGUCAGGUCGCGUUCAAAAAUCGAAAUCGAGUUCUGCCUCUACUCUUCGUCGUCGUAAUCGCGCAUUGCGUAUUGCUGAGUUUAGCCUUGUCGUCGACAUGCCUUGUUCUUACUAUCGUUCCGCGGGGAAGCGUUGCAAGCUUCUUCCGGGUGGUGAGGUUUGCGGCGAGUGUACUCGCUUAGGGCAGUCUUGUGAUGCGGCGGCGGACGCUGUUUGUGCUUUUGAUCGUUUACUAGAUGAAGCGGCUCGUUUGGAGGACGCAGAGGUAGCUGAGGAGGAGGUGUUGCGAAAGAAAGCCGCUGCUUUGCGUGCCGCGCAGGCCGAGUUGGACGAGUCCAUGGCGCGGUUGGAUCGUUUACGUAAGCAGAAAAGAAUGGUUUUCCGAAAGGGUCGAGAAGUUAUAGAGGAGGAGCCGGUGGCGUCUCCCGUAUCGGAGGUUUAA